GGUUUUGAAAAGACCGGCAGAAGGAGCGGGUCCGCUAUAAGGACACAAGCGACUCUUAAGUUCAGCGGGAAGAAACAAACAACUCCGGAGCAGCUGUACGAAGAUUAAGAAAAGUUUGUGAUAUCUUUGUAAAUAAUUUCUUGCCACAGACACUCUGGGAACCAACGGACCGGACAGACCAUGAUAAGGGUUCUGGAUGCCGUCCUGCCUGCGCUGCUCGCCGCCUCCCUGCUGUGCCGGAGCGCGUUCGGCGGCUACGGGAUGAGUCUGUUCGCGGCGCAGACUUCCCUCCCGGACCCCUGCUACGACGAGCACGGCAACCCGCGGCGCUGCAUCCCGGACUUUGUCAACGCUGCCUUCGGGAAGGAGGUGAAGGUGUCCAGCACCUGCGGCAGGACGCCGAGCCGUUACUGCGUGGUGACUUCGGCGGAGAAGGGGGACGAGAAAACCCGGAACUGUCACACCUGCGAUGCGUCCGACCCCAAGAAGUACCACCCGCCGGCGUACCUGACGGACCUGAACAACCCACACAACCUCACCUGCUGGCAGUCUGAGAACUUCGUCCAGUUCCCACAGAACGUCACUUUGAGCCUGUCCCUCGGGAAGAAGUUUGAGGUGACUUAUGUGAGCCUGCAGUUCUGCUCACCCCGUCCUGAAUCCAUGGUUAUCUACAAAUCAAUGGACUACGGGAAAACCUGGGUGCCCUUUCAGUUUUACUCAACGCAGUGCAGGAAGAUGUACAACAAGCCCAACAGGGCCGCGAUCACCAAGCAGAACGAGCAGGAGGCCGUGUGUACUGACUCCCACACCGACAUGUACCCGCUGACCGGCGGCCUCAUCGCCUUCAGCACGCUGGACGGCCGCCCGUCCGCGCACGACUUCGACAGCUCCCCGGUGCUGCAGGACUGGGUGACGGCCACAGACAUCAAAGUCACCUUCAGCCGCCUGCACACGUUCGGUGACGAGAACGAGGAUGACUCGGAGCUGGCGCGCGACACCUACUUCUACGCCGUGUCGGACCUGCAGGUCGGCGGGCGGUGCAAGUGCAACGGGCACGCGUCCCGCUGCGUGAAGGACCGGGACGGGAGCCUGGUGUGCGAAUGUAAGCACAACACCGCGGGGCCGGAGUGCGACAGGUGCAAGCCGUUCCACUACGACAGGCCGUGGCAGAGAGCCACUGCCCGGGAGGCCAACGAGUGUGUCGCCUGUCACUGUAACCUCCAUGCCAGACGGUGCCGAUUCAACAUGGAGCUGUACAAACUGUCGGGGAGGAAGAGCGGAGGAGUCUGCCUCAACUGUCGGCACAACACAGCAGGUCGCCACUGCCACUACUGCAAGGAGGGUUACUACAGAGACCUGUCGAAGGCAAUCUCACACAGGAAGGCCUGCAAAGGUAUGGGGCCCGUUUCAGUCUAUUACUCAUGUGAUUGCCAUCCUGUGGGCGCUGCUGGCAAAACCUGUAACCAAACCACAGGACAAUGUCCCUGUAAAGACGGCGUGACUGGUAUCACGUGCAACCGCUGCGCUAAAGGCUACCAGCAGAGCCGCUCGCCCAUUGCCCCCUGCAUAAAGAUUCCAGUUUCUCCUCCCACGACUCCGUCCAGCAUCACAGAGGAGCCGUCAGACUGCGACUCAUACUGCAAAGCAUCAAAAGGCAAACUGAAAAUCAACAUGAAGAAGUAUUGCAAGAAGGGUUACGCUGUCCAGGUGCACAUCCUGAAGGCAGAGAAAGCUGGCGAAUGGUGGAAAUUUACCGUCAACAUCAUCUCCGUCUACAAACAGGGAGAAAGCCGCAUCCGCCGGGGGGACCAGUUCUUGUGGGUCCGUGCUAAAGACGUGGCCUGCAAGUGUCCCAAGAUCAAGCCAGGGAAGAAGUACCUGCUGCUUGGGAACGAUGAGGAGUCCCCUGGCCAGAGCGGAGUGGUAGCCGACAAAGGAAGCCUGGUCAUCCAGUGGAGGGACACAUGGGCACGCAGACUCAGGAAGUUCCAGCAGCGUGAGAAGAAAGGCAAGUGCAAGAAGCCAUAGGUGGGAAACAGCUAGAGAGGAAGCUGGCAAAAGAAAAGGAAUCCCGAACAGGUUUUUAAAACAAGAGAGAGAGAGAGAUCAGAAAAAGACAGAGGACCCAAGACAGAGGACACUGUUUAUGUUGCUGCUUUUUGUGUACAAGCAUGAAGAGAAUUAUUUAGGAUGAUUUGUAUUUUCUAGUGAACUUUUGUUGAAGGAGCUCAUCUUGCAGAUUUGGUUUUAUGGUUUAUUUUACCCUGAGAUUCGUCUCUCUUGUGGAUUUGGCGAAUUUGCACCUAUUACCAGUAUAUAACAUUAUUUGUGUUUGUUUUCUUUACUCUAGUAUGAGAACCUUGUAUUGUAUGCUAAAAAUGUUUAUGGACAUCCUAAGCUGGUGCAAAUGACAAAAAAAGACACCUAAUUACAGCUGCAAUAUUGCCUGUG